AUGGCGAUGGCAGCGCGGCGCCUCGUCCCCUUCCACCUCCGCCCGGCCGCCGCGCAGCCCCUCGCCGGCGUCGCGGCCGCUCCGCACCGCCGCAAGCACGACGCCGUCUCGUGCAAAUCCGCCGGCAAGACCAAGCCGAGGACCAAGGCCAAGGACACCAGCAUGUGGCGGCCGCAGCGGCGCGAGCUGGAGGAGCACCUCAAGCGGCGCACCCGCUCGGAGGGCGCCUUCGACCCCGACCUCUACCGGCGCCAUUCCCACUCGCAGCACGUCCCCGUCCUGCUCGGCGAGGUCCUCGCCGCGUUCCGCCGCCCGCUGCCGCUCCGCUCCUUCGUCGACUGCACCCUCGGCGCCGCCGGCCACUCCCUCGCCAUGAUGGAGGCGCACCCGGAGAUGGAGCUGCACGUCGGCAUGGACGUUGACCCCUCUGCGCUGGAGAUUGGUCAGCGCCACAUUGAGGCUUUCCUUGCCAGUAGGACAAGGGAUGAAGGAGGAGAGGAUGCUUCGCAAGAGAAGCUGCGCGCCUACACUCACAUCAAGAAUUUCAAGUACAUAAAGAAUGUUCUUGGUGGUGUCCACGAGAGCUUUGCGGAUGGCUCUUGUGGAGUUGAUGGCAUCCUUAUAGACCUUGGCAUGUCAUCCAUGCAGGUUAACAGGUCAGAUAGGGGAUUUAGUGUCAUGCAUGAUGGUCCACUCGAUAUGCGUAUGGACCCUAAGGCAACUUUAACAGCAGAAGAUAUCUUAAAUUCCUGGCCUGAGCUUGAAGUUGGGCGUAUCCUCCGUGAUUAUGGGGAGGAAAGCAAUUGGCAAUCCCUUCAGAGGAGAAUUGUUAAAGAACGGAAAACAGGGGGUUUGCAUUCUACUGGGGAGCUUGUCAAACUUAUCCAAAGAACAUGUACCAUUUCAGGAGGACGGCAAGGCUGGAUUAAGACAGCAACAAGGGUGUUUCAGGCCCUUAGGAUUGCAGUUAAUGAUGAACUCCAAAUUCUAGAAGACACAAUUCAUUCUUGUUUUGACUGCCUAGCAACAGAUGGCCGUCUUGCUGUGAUCUCGUUCCACAGUUUAGAGGAUAGAAUUGUGAAGCAGACAUUCCUGGAACUUAUUCAUGGAGGCGAAGCCGAUGAGGACGUUGAAGACUUGGCGUAUGCUGAUAUUGACGAUGAAGAUGAACCAUGGUUUAAGCAGAGAGUACAAGGUACUAAUGGCACUGUGCUGACAAAAAGACCGAUAACCCCUUCACAAGAGGAAGAGAAACUAAAUCAGAGGUGUAGAAGUGCAAAGCUCAGAGUUAUCCAGAAGGCCUAAAGAAUAUCUCUGGAUAAAAGGCCUGAAUGAUCACUGAUGACAUUGGCGCAAAGAUCCGACGAGAGUGCCAAACAUGUGAACGGCACCUCCUCAUCUGUACUCCGUGAUGCAUAGACACAAGUUUUACCAGAAAAUUGCGGAUGAGUCGGAAGUCUUUGUUUUGUUUUCCUGGUUGAUCAGGGACUUGGGAAGUAGAGGUUUAGGUCAGUAGAUUAAAAGAACCGUAUUUGUACCAUUUUUUGACCUCACUCAUGUAUAUUGUACUCUGUAAGUCACAUUCUCUUGCAAGAUACAAUCAGAUCUCUAGAGCAAAAGUUUGGACUUGGUACCGGGAGGUGGUUCAAGUAAUAUAUAUGUCAUAAGUUACACUUUU